CCAGAGAGCGGCAGAGGCGACCACUCCACCACCAGCCCAUGGAGCCCCGGCCACUCUUCCUGCUCCUCGGCCUCUGCUCAGCUGGCCUCGUCCUGGGCUCCGAACAUGAGACCCGCCUGGUGGCAAAGCUAUUUGAAAACUACAACAGCGUAGUACGGCCCGUGGAAGACCACCGCAAGGCCGUGGAGGUGACGGUGGGCCUGCAGCUGAUACAGCUCAUCAACGUGGAUGAAGUAAAUCAGAUCGUGACAACCAAUGUUCGUCUGAAACAGCAAUGGGUGGAUUGCAACUUAAAAUGGAACCCAGACGACUAUGGUGGCGUGAAAAAAAUUCACAUUCCAUCGGAAAAGAUCUGGCACCCAGACCUAGUUCUUUAUAACAAUGCAGAUGGUGACUUUGCCAUUGUCAAGUUCACCAAAGUGCUCCUGGACUACACUGGCCACAUCACGUGGACACCUCCCGCCAUCUUUAAAAGCUACUGCGAGAUCAUCGUCACCCACUUUCCCUUUGACGAACAGAACUGCAGCAUGAAGCUGGGCACCUGGACCUAUGACGGAUCCGUGGUGGCCAUCAACCCGGAAAGCGACCAGCCAGACCUAAGCAACUUCAUGGAGAGUGGGGAAUGGGUGAUCAAGGAUUCCCGGGGCUGGAAGCACUGGGUGUUCUACGCCUGCUGUCCCUCCACCCCCUACCUGGACAUCACCUACCACUUUGUCAUGCAGCGCCUGCCCCUCUACUUCAUCGUCAACGUCAUCAUUCCCUGCCUGCUCUUCUCCUUCUUAACCGGCCUGGUGUUCUACCUGCCCACAGACUCAGGAGAGAAGAUGACUCUGAGCAUCUCUGUCCUGCUGUCCUUAACCGUGUUCCUUCUGGUCAUUGUGGAGCUGAUCCCUUCCACCUCCAGUGCGGUGCCCUUGAUUGGCAAGUACAUGCUGUUCACCAUGGUGUUCGUCAUCGCAUCCAUCAUCAUCACCGUCAUCAUCAUCAACACACACCACCGCUCCCCCAGCACCCACGUCAUGCCCGAGUGGGUGCGGAAGGUUUUUAUUGACACUAUCCCAAAUAUCAUGUUCUUCUCCACGAUGAAAAGACCAUCCAGAGAAAAACAAGACAAAAAAAUUUUUACAGAAGACAUUGAUAUUUCUGACAUUUCUGGGAAGCCGGGACCUCCACCCAUGGGUUUCCACUCUCCCCUGAUCAAACACCCCGAGGUAAAAAGUGCCAUCGAGGGCAUCAAAUACAUCGCAGAGACCAUGAAGUCAGACCAGGAGUCCAAUAACGCGGCCGAGGAAUGGAAGUACGUUGCGAUGGUGAUGGACCACAUUCUCCUCGGAGUCUUCAUGCUCGUCUGCAUCAUCGGAACGCUGGCUGUGUUUGCAGGUCGGCUCAUUGAAUUAAAUCAGCAAGGAUGAGCAGAAAGCCGAGCUGAACCUCAGUGCCGGGGAAAUCUGUCUACUUGGAUACACGCUCACUUAUCAAACAUUUAAUUUUCUGUAGUUAUUAUUCAUGACAAAAGUUUCUGUUUACAUAAGGUUAUGGCCUCAAAGUGUCUUCACAUUGCUUCUCCCUUCACUCCUGCUGUGGCUGCCUGGAGAGCGAACCUUUUGCAGUAAAUGAAUCUGGAUUGCUACAUGAAGCGUUCAUUUCCAACAGUGUCCAGAAGAAUUUUGCCCAGGAUAACUGAGCUUUUCUGUUAGUUUUUAAUUUUUUAAAUUUUACCCAAAGAGUCUAUCCUUUGCUUAAAAGUCAGUUUUGUACCUGCUAAAAAAGGCCCAUCUACCAGUCCCAAAAAGAUGAAACAUUUGACUUGGAGAGAAAGAAAGCAGUAGAAGACAAUAGGAAAAUUCUAGAAUGGCCACCACAAUGGCCACCAUGGCAAACUGUCUCAAAAACUCACGUUUUAAAGUAGGUUUCUAGAACUUGGAGGUGAGGGAAAGUCUUCCCAGUCUAACACAGCACCUGAGCUUGAUGCUCGGGGUUUGAGGGAAAAGAGGUCCUAACCUGUAUUGAGUGUGGGCCCAGGCACUGUGGGAAUGGGCUCACAGGCAUGUUUUUAUUUAUCCUCAGAACUCUCAUGACUGUCCUUGUUUUACAAAUGAGAAAACUGAACUUGAGGGAGGUUAAGUUCACAGCCCAAAAUAACAAGUAGAGCUGACAUUUGAACCUAGACCUUGUGGGUUCAAAGCAGCUCCGGGCUGGGCCAAUUCAUCUGCUCGCUUGCUCUUUGGAUCAACUCUGGCUCCAUCUGGGCCAUUCUGCGACUCUGGUCAGUGUUUCUGAGAGGUUCAGUCCUAGUGUCAGCCAUCUUUCUGCCUUCCCAAUUAAGCCACCUGCCUUUUCCCCCAGUCCUUACCCCACUCCUGUUUGGGGUUCUAGUUCUAUAAAUGAAAUCAGAAAUGUGUGCACAUAUCAUCAUCAUUUCUGCAAUUCUGGACAAGGAGAGAAAAUUAUUUCCUUUCUCCAUAGCAACCUAUAAGCCACAAGGCAGUUCACCCCAGAACUAGAAAAUGUGCAGCCCUGGGCUCAGUAAUGGCCAUCAGAU